AUGAGUACUAGGCUAAUUAAGGGUCGCAAAAAAGUUCGUCUCGCAAAGAUAGAGAAUGAGACUAAUCGACAAGUGACCUUCUCAAAACGCCGAAAUAGUGUCUUCAAGAAAGCGAAUGACCUUGCAGUUAUGACUGGUGCUGAAGUUAGCAUUAUCGUGUUUCCAGCUAAUAAACCUUACUCUUUUGGUCAUCCAAAUGUAAAUGAGACCAUCGACAAAUAUGUUGGCAAAGAAAGACCUCCAUCACCAUCAUCAACAGGCAUUGAUGUCAACAACCUCAAGGAAAUGAAUAAGAAUUUGGAUAGCCAACAAGAGUGGUUCAUAGAUCCAAUAGAGAAGAUGAAUUACACGGAGGCUUCAAUGUUGAAAGAGAGAUUGGAAAAUCUUCUCUUGAAGGUGAAGAAUUAUGGUACUGAACGUGGGUAUCGUUACGAAAAUGGAAAGUGGAAGGAUGAAUAA